AUGCCGUCCAAGGUGAAAUCGCAGCCAUUACAUUGGCCAAAACAUAUCCAGUACAUUAUAUCUCCUUGUUAUCACCAAUCAGUAACCUCUUCAGCGCGACAGUUCAUAGUCGAAUCGCCAACGCCUGCACAAAAGAUAACGCAGACAAGGAACUGCAAGGUUGUUAUUCGACCUAUAAUGGUCUCCUCCCAUCCAGCUUGUGGGCAAUAUGGUUUAUUUGCAGCGCAAAAAAUACCUCCCAAGGCAUGUAUUAUGGACUAUAUGGGUGAAAUUCACUGUGAUGAUCGCCCCGAAUUUGAUUACGACUUGUGCCUCCAUCGUUUCGUGGAUGGGAGUAGUAUUGGCAUCGAUGCAAGUAAAAUGGGAAAUGAGGCUCGCUUUAUCAAUGACUACCGGGGCAUUGCAGAAAAGCCCAACGCCAUCUUCUCUGAUACACGAGACCAAGGGGGCGAGCUGCGCAUGUAUAUCUGGAGCUCCCAGGAGAUCAAGAAAGGAGACGAAAUUCUUGUAUCCUAUGGAAAAUCCUGGUGGCGAACACGCCAAGAGGUGACGAAUGUGAAGUAG